CGCAGGGGGCGGAGCAGCGGCGGCAUCGCCGGUGGGAGCCCAGCCGCCCUGCCGGGAGCGAGCGGCGGGCUGCCCGCGCCACCGAGGGGCUGAGGGCGGCCCGGCGGUCUCGUCCCAGGCACAGGCCGGCCCGGGCGGUCCCUCCGCCGCCGCCGCCUCCGCCUCCUCCUGCGCACCGCCCCGCGGCAUGCUGCCCUCCCCGCGCCGCCCCGCCUGAGGCGGGACCGGGGCAGCCAUGCCGCCGGCGCUCCGCUAGGUGAGCGCGGCGCGGCUCGGGCCGGAGCUCCGCGGCCGAAGCUCCUCCGCAGCCACCGGCGCCAUGAGGAACGGCGAUGACCUGGAGGGCUUCGACGGCGAGGCGUCCAGCACCUCCAUGAUCUCGGGGGCCAGCAGCCCCUACCAGCCCACCACCGAGCCCGUCAGCCAGCGCCGCGGGCUGGGCGGCCUCCGCUGCGACCUGGACUACCUGCGGGGCACCUUCGGCAGGAUCAAGCUGGCAGAGGUGGUUUUGGCACUGAUUGCAUUCAUCUGCAUAGAGACCAUCAUGGAAUGCUCCCCUUGCGAAGGCCUUUAUUUCUUCGAGUUUGUGAGCUGCAGUGCAUUGGUGGUUACUGGAGUUCUGUUGCUUAUGUUCAGUCUAAAUCUUCACACAAGAAUACCGCAGAUCAACUGGAAUCUUACUGAUCUGGUCAACACUGGACUCAGCACUUUCUUCUUUUUCAUUGCCUCUGUAGUACUUGCUGCUUUAAACCAUAAAACUGGAGCAGAAAUUGCUGCUGUGAUAUUUGGUUUCUUGGCAAUGGCAGUGUAUGCUGUGAACACAUACUUAGCUAUUAAAAAGUGGCGAAUGAACAGCAGACAACAAAGUAGUCGGCAGACCAGUGACUACAUACGUGCUCGGACAGAAUCCAGAGAAGUAGACCAUCGCCCUGAGAUUCAGCGUCUGGAUGCAUGAAAGCAACAUUCAAAUGGGACUGCAAAGGGAAAAGAAGUGCUUAACUCCCUCAUGGAAUAAAGGGGUUUUUUUCUUUAUUUAAGGAAGAAAAGGAAGAUCAGAUGGUGGCAAAGAAUGCCCAGCCCUGCGUAUGUGCAGAGAUGCAUUGAGUCAGAAGCUGUUGUUGUGAAGGCAGUAAAUAUUGGUCAUUCAAAAGCAAGAUCUGUUUAAGACGUCCACAUAUAUAUAUGUAUAUUAUAUAUCUUAUAUAAUAUAUAACAUAUAUAUGUUUUGCAGUAUGUUACUGUUUUGGAUUUAACUGCACAGUACUUUCCUUCCCUCUCCCAAGUGCAAGCUCUGAAUAUACAUGUUCUGCCACUGUUUCUUCGUCUAUCGUAAACACUAAGACCAGCACUACAUUGCUUGGUUAAUAUAAGAAAGAAAUCCACCAGAAUUAAAUUUAAUACACGUGAAAAGGAAGUGAGGGGCAAAUAGCAAUAACUUCAGCCAUGUAUCCUGUCCAACAAACUCUCUGUAUCCACCUCAUGCAGCCUCAGCAGUGCAGCUCAAUUCUUAUCUGCAAGAUGUCCUGCCGUUUCACUGUUGGUGCACUUACACAGCUGGAAUGGACAACCAUUGUGCGGUUCUGCUUGCUGGAUAUAGCAGUGAGGUAGUUGCCCUGUGGGUUACUCUGAAAUUGCCAUAUUUGGUUCAUGCAUGGCCUGGGACAGAUGUGAACCUGCACAAAGUUAGCAUGUUUACUGAAUGGUCACCAUAAUGCAUCAGUGCAAGUAUGUGGUUUUCUGCUAAUGUUGGGAUACAUUCUGGUUUUCAUUCUGAAAUGGGAGAAGAAAGAUGCUUGGGAGGCAGGGUGGAGAAGAGGGCGUUGAGGUGCAGAGUAGAGAAAGAAGGGGUUGUCAUCCAAUACACUUGCAUUCCAGUCAUGGCUUUUUUCUUUUGGUUACUGUUGGGGUUUUGUUUGGUUUGUGUUUUGUGUUUUUUUUUGUUUUUUUUUUAAGGUUCAACCUUUCUGAGAAGCCUUGGGUAAGCAAGAACUAGCAAAAAAUUAUGAUGUGCUUAUAAAAUGUUUCUAAAGCUGCAACAUUGUGAUUCAUUCAAGAUAAAUAUUUUCCUUUUUGGAGGGUUGUUUGUCUUCUAAAAUUAAAACUGUUGGUAGUAGGUAAAACUGUUUUUUUAUUAUUAUUUUUUUAAUUGAGUGUUUCUGCAAUUUUUUUCUCUAAUAUUUCAUUGGAAAAUGAUUUAGAUAAUUGAAGGAUAAUAUGGUUGUAUUGAUCUGUUUAGAAAUAGUUUUACCUAAUUGAAGUUUUCUUAUUUUAAUUGUACUUACAGUGAGGAGAAGGAUAUUUUCUCUACUUAAAACUUGAAUUCUGCAGUAAUCAGUUAGACAAUAUCCUAAUGUUGAAUAGGAGGAUGUCCCUUGCUAUUUUUCUGGUUUUUUUUGAUUGAUGUUUUUAUCUGUGUAAGCCAUUAUUUGGCAUAUGCAUGCCUGCAUGUUACGUGAAGGAAAUCUGUAGGGGAGGAGAUCUCUAGAGCUGAGUUGCUUUCUGGUGUAAGUCGAUGAAAUCUCUGAAAUUAGCAGGACUGUAUGCCACGUAUGCCUGAAUUUAUCUCACAUUUGAGUUGAACAGUUUUUUUUAUAGUGUUCUUAUGUAGCUGUGCUCUUAAGUGUAUGAAUGCAGUUAACUAGAGUCUUAAGAACAACCGGCAAUACAUUGCAAUAGGUCACUUUUAAAGAUGAAAACCAGGUUAUUCCAAACAGAAGAUCAAUAGAAGUGCCUGGGCUUUUUUAAUUCCGGAGGGAACUGGGGUAGUGAGAGGUGUGAACCGAAGGCUGCAGUGUUUGAAUUGAGCAACAGAGAAUUAUUCUGAUGUGUGUGGUUAAAAAAAAAAAGUGACAAAAUUGGUGCCUUUUCAUUUUUAGUUUACUGAUGUCUACAGUGCAUUUCACCUUAGUGGCUAAGAUGGAGAUUAAAAUUCAGAAAGAAUUACUAAUGAGGUUAAAGAAAACUUGCAUUUUCUUAACAAGUAAUGGUUUACCAGUUGUUAUAGUAAUAUUUUAAUGUGCUUUGUAGAAAGUGAAUGCCAAAGGGAAUGCCAGUUUAAAAAAAGAUCAAACGACAUAGCCAACCUAUAGCAUUGGGUCUAGAGCAUAGAAAAUACACAGUUCAUUGAGGUGGUGCCUCACCAGCAUUACUAUGCAUUUCAUGAAAAGCAGAUGAUGGUUCCAUGUUCAGUGUGGUAUGAAAUAGCGGAGUUUGUCAUUGCCCGUGCAGUUGUUAUAGCCCUGCUGUUUUUCAGCACUCUGCCUAGUAUUGGCAAAGUUUGCAAGGAGAGUUUGUAGAUAUUGUCAAUUAUUAAGAGUCUCUUUAAAAGUAGCACAAGCAUAUCUAGACUGGAAUUGUAAACUGGCAUUAAAGCCGUUUGUAUAAAGAUUGUAAAAAAAAAAAAAAAAAAAUCCAAAACCGACCAACCAAAAAAACACCUGCACCAAAAAAACUCAAGCCUCCUACUCAAAUACAGAAUAUUGUCCUCCAGAAGAUCCAUGCUUUUAGAGUGGACCCCUCACCUGAGAUCAAGAAACAGAAGUUAGGUGGUGCACAGCGAAGGCUUUUAAUUAGGAGCCCAUCGUUUGAGUUUACGUUGUGUGUAAGAUAAUGCCCCGUUCCUCUCAUGCUCCCUGUGCUGAUCCUGGUUUUUCAGAGGUGUGGGAGCUCUCGUGCCUCUGCAAGCGUAUGAAUUUGGUGUCUUUCAAAUCCUUACACCUUUCCUUACCUAGAAAAAGGAUAACUUCACUGAGCUUUUUCUGGAGCGAGAUAAUGAAAAGCUUUUGUUAUCUUUUAGCUGGAAUGACAAAUGCAGAAUGAUGCAGUUAUACUUUUAAUCCAGUGUAACACUUCACCAUGUAGUAUCGUAGACCUGAAUGACCUUGAGUGCUUUUACUUGUGAAAUACGUUUUCUUGAGCUGAGAACAGUAUGUCAUUAUUUAUUACUUACAUCAUGACUUGAGCUUAGCACAGCUUUCAGGGUAGAAUUCAAAGAGAGUAGUAAUUUAAAAAAUACUAUCUGAAACACUUUGUACAACAAAAACAAAUGUAAAUUUGUAAUUUCCUUAUUUUGGGGACCAAAGAUGAUUUUAGUAUUGUACAGUAUAUACUUUCUAAAAAUCUAAGUUAAGCAUUUAUUACUCUACAGAGACAUUAUUUACUAUUUGGAUUAUAUAGAAGGGAAAUAAAGUAGCUGUGAGAGACAAGUAAGUUUGAGCAUCAAACUGAUGCUCAGUUUUGAAAUAUGAUGUACACGCAGUUGAUCUUCCACCCCACUCUCCCAACUUAAUUUUACACAGUGUAUUAAAGAGGUGGUAAUAUUUUGGGACUGUUAUCCAAACUGCAGUCAUCAUGAAAAAACCUCUGAAGGAAGAAAAAAUGUUUUUUUUAAACUUGCUUAGAAAAGUGACAUUAAAUUGGUUCUCCCAGCCAGUUAAUCUUGCUUGUAAUUGCCAAGCAUAUAGGGAUAAUUUCUUUUAGUCCUGAAGAGUGCUGUUUAGCUCCAUAAAGGGACUCAAAACCCACUGUAAAUAAAACUAAAUUAAAGCUAAGCAGUUGAACCUCAUAGGAACAAAAUGUUUGAAAUUGUUAAUGGUUCUGAUCAGUCUUCUUUCGUGAAACUGAGCCCUCAGGUAUGCAAUCUCCAUGUAUUUCUGCAUGUAGAAAUAACGGUAAAUUUUGCAACCUAUGCACAGACAUCAAAAGAUGAAUUAAAGCAUAUGAUUGGAGCAACAGCAUAACAACUGUUGUACAGCGUUGUAAGAAUAUGUUUUCCUUUUAAUGCUAUGUAUGCUCAGUUUUGUCAGCCUUCGUUCAAGUUUAUCAUACAUUCCUCUAAUGAUGUGCAAACUGCCUACAAGAGAAGUUUCUAAAACCGUAAUUAAGAACUCAUUUGACAGUUUCAUUGCUUCUUAGUAAAGUUGAUUCCUCCUUACUCUCCACUCGUUCAUUUCGUAUAUUCAUGCCUCAGCAAUCUAUAUGUUCUAAUAUUUAAUUUUUGUUAAGCCUUCUUCAUUGAUCUGUGUAGUGUCUGCUUCAGUAUAAGGAAGUUAAGAAUACUGUGUCCAGUGUCCUUUUGCAUAAUCAUGGUCCUCUUCCCUUUAGCCGAUGGUGUUUGGGCUGGAUGCGGUGGGGGAAAUGUGAUUUCUUUCCCCGUGAGCUUUGGAAGAUCGCUGGUGUUCUGCAUGUGUUUUUGUGCGAGCUUUCUGGGAAGAACCACAUGCAUAGAGGUUGAGAGGAUUUGAGAUUCAUCUGCCUCUGCCUUUAGUGAGAGAAGGAGACAGACACCUGGAAUCAGUAGUAAAAGUAGGUGUAGCAGUGUUUCUCUGCUCCUAAUUGUGGGGCUGGAGAGAUUGUACACCGAUGUUAAUGGUGCCUCUUAAAACCUGAAUUAUGUGCAGAAAUGGGUGUGAUUAUCAAAUAACUUCUGCUCAGCUGAAGUACAGCGGUUGGUUCCCGGAGACCCACAGGAUGUAGAUGGGCUCUGUGUAUCCAAAAGAAAGGAUAGUUCCAGACUAAUUUCUGCUCCGUCCCACUGAAGUGUAGCAUUUCUGAAACUUGGGUACUUAGUUCUUGUUGUUUAUAGCAUAAACUAACGGAUUGUUUGGAGGGCCAACAAAGCUCAAAGACGGCAGUGCGGAUAGAGAUGUCAUGUGUGUGAAUUUUAAUGACAACAAAAAUAAUAAUUUAAAAAUGAAACUGAAAUAGGUACAAUAUCCAGCAGAAUGUCUGAAAAUAGUUUGUAGAAAUGAUGCCAUAUUUGUCUCUUUAUCUUAACAGAGGGAGUUGGUUUAAAACACAUCUAUACAAAUAUUCAGGAAAUCUCUGAAUGCCACUUCAGAGUUUUUCCUGGUAUAUUGUUUUCCCUGUUAGCCACUUGGCCACCCGGAGGGAUCUGUUUGGCAGGGUCAGAGUGGUGCUGUCCAACCUGAAAGGGUUCCUUUCUUGUUUUGGUCUUAUUUUUGCGUUGUCUUUUUUUUUAAAUCUGUCUAUAAUUUAACCAUUUGUAUUCUAAAAUAAUCUUUAAAAAAAUCUGCUUACACUGUGAUUUAUGAUAGCUUUUAAUUUAGAGUAUACAACACAAUCUAAUUUUCUGUUGGGAUAUGCAGCUUUCAAAAGUGUUCUUAUAUAUGCCCAGAAAUGAAAGUUGUCUAUUUAUCAUGAAAAUGUGAUUAGAUAAAGUUACCUAUCCAGAAUCCCAGUGCAGCUCUUUCAAAUGUGCUGGAUGGAUGAGUUAGUGAAAUUGCCUUUUAAUCUCUAUGGGUUAAUAAAUAUUUUUUUAUAACUAGCCACAGAUAUUCCUUUUUAAAUUAUACUUGGCAAACAGAAGAUAUUUAAUUUUAUAUACAAUAUACAUAGUUACCUUGAUUGACGUAUUUAUAACAUAGAGCUUUGUGUUUACUAUGAAGGUUUUAUCUCUAUACCAUGGACUUCAUGGGUAAAAUUUUAAAAAGCCAGUUAGCAUAUAUGGAAGGAUAUGGAAACUAUUUUCAUGAAUUCAGAAUGAGGACAUAGGAGCAUUUCAAAAAGCAAUAGCCAGAUCAUAUUAAUGGAGUAUGUGGAUUUUUUUUCUUAUUUUUUGAUUGGGGCUGGUCCCUACAGCUAUUUUAAUAACAUCUGGAUGUGAGUAACAGAAUGAAAUAUGACCAUCUGCCUCUUCUGACUGUCACGGACUAUUGUCUAGAAUAUGGGAAAUUUCAGGGUAGUGUAUUUGUUUUCCUUUAGACAAAUGUCUCAAUAGACAUAUAUAAUUAAAACCUUCAUGUGUUUGAAAGAAAAUACCCUCACUUAACUAGGCUGAUUUAUCACUUUUGGUAACCUUUUAAUCCCAAAAGUAGUAUUGUUUAAAUAUUUUUAGUAACGUUCCAUUUAUCCUCAUGUCUACAGGUUAAAGUGGUUCUGGCUAGCACCCUUUUAUUACAACAAUUGCUACCUUCAUUUUUCUACUGUUUAUACUUUAAUCUUGAAUGUUUACCGGUUUCUACUUGUUGGAUAUUGUGGAGGGAGAGUGUAUCUUACUUAGCACUACAGUUCAUCCAGCUUUAACUCAUACAUCACGGUUCUGGAGUGAGAAAAUAUUUUGAUUUAUAUAUUGUGGCCAAUUUAUCGCAUUUUAAAAUGAUUUCUAUACUUAGGACACAACAUGUAUGACAUAAUAUAACAAAUGGCGUAGCUAAUCAUUAUAUCUGUCUAGACUUUCUCUCUUCUGUGUUAGAGUCAUUUUGAAACUAUUUGUAUAUGUUGAAGUUUGUAAGGGUUCAGGAACCCACAAUAAAAUAGUAAAGUAUGUAUUUAUUUCUCAUUAUAAUGCUCAAUUUUUAUUUGAACGUUGACACUUUGUAUGUCUUUUCACAAAAUUGUAAACAAAUACCGAAAAACUGCUUCACCUAGGGUGCCUUCCAUGUGUGGUAUAAACACUUGUCAUUCACAAAAAUAGAGAUGUAAAUUUAUUGAAUCAGUAAACACUAUUUUUGUAAUGUGAGUCACUAAUGCAUCUCUGGCUUUGUUGUGCUUUGUUUCCACUAAUACCAGUUUUACGGCUACCGCUGUCAUUGCCUUCCCUUUGUGCACUAAGCAGUAAAUCUGAUCUCGUGGCGAAUGGGAAGAUUGCAUCACUCUUGCCUUCAGCUGCUGCCUGAGAUGGAGAUAAAGCGCGUUGCUGAGGAGAGCCAGCAGGUACUCCACACUUCUUCCCUUGAGACCCGUGUAAAGAGAUGCUCAGUGUGGGAUACCUGUAUCCUCAGGGUUGAUUUUUGGGUCCAGUAGAAAAACCUCACAGGCGUAAUCUAAGCAUUCCGAUUCUAGCUUGUAAUUUAUGAUUCAUGGUGGCUGAUGAAGGAGUAUCCAGGCCUGAAAGACUUUAUCCCUUGGGGAUAUGGGUCCUACACUGACAGAUUUGUAAUUGUGAACAGCUCGGAAGGAUUAGUCGAAACAGUGCGUUAGAAUCCCAUCUCACGCUGAGCAAAGGGGGUGCAAUUUUCCUUUUAUCAUAUGAGCACAAGUCUGCUGUGUCGUGCCCUUGGUAUUUUGCUUUUGAAGUAAGAUAAAUUAUGAUGUUUUGCCAAGGAAAAUCUUACAAGCAUACUCUCUGUGCAAAUGCAGAACCUGACUCUGCUGUCCUUACUCAGGCAAAAUUCCCCAUGGACUCAGGGGACUGCAGAUCAGGUACCAAUUUAUCAUCAAAUCCUGGUCAAGGAUUUGAAGAAUAUCAAAGUUAGCAAAUAUUCAUAUAGAGACAAUUUUACAGCCUUGAAGCAAUUUCACAUUAUUUUGGUAAGUGUUCUUGAAGUUCUCAAACAGCGCACGAGGCCAGCUGGUAAAACCGAUGCUUUCCGUAGCGGUACCUGCUGGCUGAGGUCGCUGGCUUCACAGUACCCCCAGCUGUAACUUAAACGUCUAAGUUGUGGCAUCUUCCCGCUCCAUAUGUGAAAGUUGUGCUGUUAGUGCUUGACCAAUUUCAAAGGCAAGGUAACUCUACAAGAAAACCUAAC